AUGGCUAAUUCUCAGGCCUGUGUUUCUUGCAGUCCUCAUGUUGCCUACACGGAGUCGUCCCAUUUACCGUCUUCCCCCUUAUAUAACUUGUCCUUUUUGCAGGAUGAUGAAGUGGUCCUACAGUGCACCGCGACCAUCCACAAAGAACAACAGAAACUGUGCUUGGCAGCAGAAGGGUUUGGCAACAGACUUUGCUUCCUGGAGUCUACUUCGAAUUCCAAGAAUGUUCCCCCAGACCUCUCCAUCUGCACUUUUGUGCUGGAACAGUCUCUCUCUGUCCGGGCCCUACAGGAGAUGCUGGCUAACACAGUGGAGAAAUCAGAAGGGCAAGUUGAUGUGGAAGAAUGGAAAUUCAUGAUGAAGACUGCUCAAGGUGGUGGUCAUCGAACACUCCUGUAUGGACAUGCCAUAUUGCUACGCCAUUCCUAUAGUGGCAUGUACCUGUGCUGUCUGUCCACCUCCCGGUCUUCAACUGAUAAACUGGCCUUUGAUGUUGGCUUGCAAGAGGACACAACAGGUGAGGCUUGUUGGUGGACUAUUCAUCCUGCGUCCAAGCAGAGGUCGGAAGGAGAAAAGGUGCGCGUUGGAGAUGACCUCAUCUUAGUCAGUGUGUCCUCUGAGAGGUACCUGCAUUUGUCUUACGGCAAUGGCAGCUUACACGUGGAUGCUGCUUUCCAGCAGACUCUCUGGAGCGUGGCCCCAAUCAGCUCAGGAAGUGAAGCCGCCCAAGGGUAUCUAAUUGGUGGUGACGUCCUCAGGUUGCUGCACGGACACAUGGAUGAAUGCCUCACUGUCCCUUCGGGAGAACACGGUGAAGAGCAGCGGAGAACUGUUCACUAUGAAGGCGGUGCUGUAUCUGUCCAUGCACGUUCCCUGUGGAGACUAGAGACACUAAGAGUUGCGUGGAGUGGAAGCCACAUAAGAUGGGGCCAGCCCUUCCGACUACGCCAUGUCACAACAGGAAAGUACUUGAGUCUCAUGGAAGACAAAAACCUUCUACUCAUGGACAAAGAAAAGGCUGAUGUAAAGUCAACAGCAUUUACCUUCCGGUCUUCCAAGGAAAAAUUGGAUGCAGGGGUGAGAAAAGAAGUCGAUGGCAUGGGAACAUCAGAAAUAAAAUAUGGAGACUCAGUAUGCUAUAUUCAACAUAUAAAUACAGGCCUGUGGCUUACUUACCAGUCUGUGGAUGUGAAAUCAGUGAGAAUGGGAUCCAUACAACGUAAGGCUAUUAUGCAUCAUGAAGGUCACAUGGAUGACGGCUUAAAUCUCUCUAGAUCUCAGCAUGAAGAAUCACGGACCGCACGAGUCAUCCGGAGCACUGUCUUCCUUUUCAAUAGAUUUAUAAGGGGCCUUGAUGCGCUCAGCAAAAAAGUGAAGGCUUCCACAGUAGACCUCCCUAUAGAAUCUGUGAGUCUGAGUCUGCAGGACCUGAUUGGUUACUUCCAUCCCCCCGACGAGCACUUAGAGCAUGAAGACAAACAGAACAGAUUACGGGCUCUAAAGAACCGUCAGAAUCUCUUCCAGGAAGAGGGCAUGAUCAACCUUGUGCUCGAGUGCAUCGACAGGCUGCAUGUCUAUAGCAGCGCGGCGCAUUUCGCGGACGUGGCGGGGAGAGAAGGAGGCGAGGCUUGGAAGUCGAUUCUGAAUUCUCUCUAUGAGUUGCUAGCGGCUCUAAUUAGAGGAAAUCGUAAAAACUGUGCCCAAUUUUCUGGCUCCCUGGACUGGUUGAUCAGCCGAUUGGAAAGACUGGAAGCUUCUUCUGGUAUUCUUGAAGUUUUGCACUGUGUGUUAGUAGAAAGUCCAGAAGCCCUAAAUAUUAUCAAAGAAGGACACAUUAAAUCCAUAAUCUCCCUUUUAGACAAGCAUGGAAGAAACCACAAGGUUCUGGACGUCUUGUGCUCUCUCUGCGUCUGCCAUGGAGUAGCGGUCCGUUCCAACCAGCAUCUCAUCUGUGACAAUCUGCUGCCGGGAAGAGAUCUACUUCUGCAGACACGUCUUGUAAACCACGUUAGCAGCAUGAGACCCAAUAUUUUUCUGGGCGUCAGUGAAGGGUCCGCCCAGUAUAAGAAGUGGUAUUAUGAGCUGAUGGUGGACCACACGGAGCCGUUCGUGACUGCCGAAGCCACUCACCUGAGGGUGGGCUGGGCGUCCACCGAAGGGUACUCUCCCUACCCUGGAGGCGGUGAGGAGUGGGGUGGCAAUGGAGUUGGAGAUGACCUCUUUUCCUACGGAUUUGAUGGCCUUCACCUCUGGUCAGGUUGUAUUGCACGUACUGUAAGCUCACCGAAUCAACAUCUCUUGAGAACCGAUGAUGUCAUCAGUUGCUGUUUAGAUCUGAGCGCCCCAAGCAUCUCAUUCCGAAUUAACGGGCAACCUGUUCAAGGAAUGUUUGAGAAUUUCAACAUCGAUGGCCUCUUCUUUCCAGUUGUUAGUUUCUCUGCAGGAAUAAAGGUACGCUUUCUACUUGGGGGGAGACAUGGAGAAUUUAAAUUCCUUCCUCCACCUGGGUAUGCUCCUUGUUAUGAAGCUGUUCUCCCAAAAGAGAAGUUGAAAGUGGAACACAGCAGAGAAUACAAGCAAGAAAGAACUUACACCCGAGACCUGCUGGGCCCCACGGUUUCCCUGACGCAGGCCGCCUUCACACCAAUCCCUGUGGACACCAGCCAGAUUGUGUUACCUCCUCACCUGGAGAGAAUAAGAGAAAAACUGGCAGAGAAUAUCCAUGAACUCUGGGUUAUGAAUAAAAUUGAACUUGGCUGGCAGUAUGGUCCGGUUAGAGAUGACAAUAAGAGACAGCAUCCGUGUCUGGUGGAGUUCUCCAAGCUACCGGAGCAGGAACGCAAUUACAAUUUGCAGAUGUCGCUUGAGACCCUGAAGACUUUGUUGGCAUUAGGAUGUCAUGUGGGAAUAGCAGAUGAACAUGCUGAAGAAAAGGUGAAAAAAAUGAAGCUGCCCAAGAAUUACCAGCUGACAAGUGGGUAUAAGCCUGCCCCGAUGGACCUGAGCUUCAUUAAACUCACGCCGUCUCAGGAAGCGAUGGUGGACAAGUUGGCGGAGAACGCUCACAACGUGUGGGCCCGGGAUCGAAUCCGGCAGGGCUGGACUUACGGCAUCCAGCAGGAUGUAAAGAACAGAAGAAACCCUCGCCUGGUUCCCUACACCCUUCUAGAUGACCGCACCAAGAAGUCCAACAAGGACAGCCUCCGUGAGGCCGUGCGCACGCUGCUGGGAUAUGGCUACCAUCUGGAGGCGCCAGAUCAAGAUCAUGCUGCCCGAGCCGAAGUGUGUAGCGGCACCGGGGAGAGGUUCCGAAUCUUCCGCGCGGAGAAAACCUAUGCCGUCAAGGCAGGAAGGUGGUAUUUUGAAUUUGAGGCUGUCACUGCUGGAGACAUGAGAGUCGGAUGGAGCAGGCCAGGUUGUCAACCUGACCAAGAGCUGGGCUCAGACGAACGUGCCUUUGCUUUUGAUGGCUUCAAGGCCCAGCGGUGGCACCAGGGCAACGAACACUAUGGGCGCUCUUGGCAAGCGGGCGAUGUUGUGGGAUGCAUGGUGGACAUGACGGAGCACACCAUGAUGUUCACACUGAAUGGCGAAAUCCUUCUGGAUGACUCGGGCUCAGAACUGGCGUUCAAGGACUUCGAUGUUGGUGACGGAUUCAUUCCUGUCUGUAGCCUUGGAGUGGCUCAGGUGGGCAGGAUGAACUUUGGAAAGGAUGUCAGCACCUUGAAAUAUUUCACCAUCUGUGGCUUACAAGAGGGUUACGAACCGUUUGCUGUGAACACAAACAGGGAUAUUACCAUGUGGCUAAGCAAGAGGCUUCCUCAGUUUCUCCAGGUCCCUUCAAACCAUGAGCAUAUCGAGGUGACCAGAAUAGACGGCACCAUCGACAGUUCUCCGUGUUUAAAAGUCACCCAGAAGUCCUUUGGCGCUCAGAACAGCACUGCCGACAUCAUGUUCUAUCGCCUGAGCAUGCCAAUCGAGUGUGCCGAGGUUUUCUCCAAGACGGUGGCAGGCGGGCUCCCAGGCGCCGGCCUCUUUGGGCCCAAGAAUGAUCUGGAGGAUUACGAUGCAGAUUCUGACUUUGAGGUUCUAAUGAAGACAGCUCAUGGCCAUCUGGUGCCAGACCGUGUUGACAAAGACAAGGAAGCCACAAAACCAGAGUUUAAUAACCACAAAGACUAUGCUCAGGAAAAGCCCUCUCGUCUGAAACAAAGAUUUUUGCUUAGAAGAACAAAGCCAGAUUAUAGCACGAGCCAUUCUGCAAGGCUCACGGAAGAUGUCCUUGCAGAUGAUCGGGAUGAUUAUGACUACUUGAUGCAAACGUCCACGUACUAUUACUCAGUGAGAAUCUUUCCCGGCCAAGAACCUGCUAACGUCUGGGUGGGCUGGAUUACAUCAGAUUUCCAUCAGUAUGAUACAGGCUUUGACUUGGACAGAGUUCGUACAGUAACCGUUACUCUAGGAGAUGAAAAGGGAAAAGUACAUGAAAGCAUCAAACGCAGCAACUGCUAUAUGGUGUGCGCGGGCGAGAGCAUGAGCCCAGGGCAAGGACGCAACAAUAAUGGCCUGGAGAUCGGGUGCGUGGUGGAUGCUGCCAGUGGGCUUCUCACGUUCACCGCCAACGGCAAGGAGCUGAGCACCUACUACCAGGUGGAGCCAAGUACAAAGUUAUUUCCUGCAGCUUUUGCCCAAGCUACAAGUCCCAAUGUUUUCCAGUUUGAGCUGGGAAGAAUCAAGAAUGUGAUGCCUCUCUCCGCGGGAUUAUUCAAGAGUGAGCACAAAAACCCUGUGCCACAGUGUCCCCCGCGUCUCCACGUGCAGUUUCUGUCCCACGUCCUGUGGAGCAGAAUGCCCAACCAGUUCCUGAAGGUAGAUGUGUCUCGAAUAAGUGAGCGCCAAGGCUGGCUGGUGCAGUGUUUGGAUCCUCUGCAGUUCAUGUCUCUCCAUAUCCCGGAGGAGAACAGAUCUGUUGACAUACUGGAGCUGACAGAGCAGGAAGAGCUGCUGAAAUUCCACUACCACACGCUCCGGCUUUACUCCGCCGUCUGCGCCCUCGGGAACCACCGGGUGGCGCAUGCGUUGUGCAGCCACGUGGACGAACCCCAGCUGCUCUACGCCAUCGAGAACAAGUACAUGCCCGGUUUGCUGCGGGCCGGCUACUAUGACCUGCUUAUUGACAUCCACCUGAGCUCCUACGCCACUGCCAGGCUCAUGAUGAACAGUGAGUUCAUCGUGCCCAUGACGGAGGAGACCAAGAGCAUCACCCUCUUCCCUGAUGAGAACAAAAAGCAUGGCCUCCCGGGGAUUGGCCUCAGCACCUCCCUCAGGCCACGGAUACAGUUUUCCUCCCCCAGUUUUGUGAGCAUCAAUAACGAAUGCUACCAAUACAGUCCAGAGUUCCCGCUGGACAUCCUGAAGGCCAAAACCAUUCAGAUGCUGACAGAAGCUGUUAAAGAGGGCAGCCUGCAUGCCCGGGACCCCGUGGGGGGCACCACUGAAUUUCUCUUUGUACCUCUCAUCAAGCUUUUCUAUACUCUGCUCAUCAUGGGGAUCUUCCACAAUGAGGACUUAAAACACAUCUUGCAGCUGAUAGAGCCCAGUGUGUUCAAGGAAGCCGCCACUCCGGAAGAAGACACUGAGGCUCUGGAGAAAGAGCCCUCCAUGGAAGACUCCAAGCCAGAAGGAGCUGGAGAAGAAGAAGCCAAAGGGGGUAAGAGGCCCAAGGAAGGACUGCUCCAAAUGAAACUGCCUGAGCCAGUUAAAUUGCAGAUGUGUCUGCUGCUCCAGUACCUCUGUGACUGCCAGGUCCGACACCGGAUAGAAGCCAUCGUGGCCUUUUCAGAUGACUUUGUAGCCAAGCUCCAAGACAAUCAGCGCUUCCGUUACAAUGAAGUUAUGCAAGCUUUAAACAUGUCGGCCGCGCUCACUGCCAGGAAGACAAAGGAAUUUCGAUCCCCACCUCAGGAACAGAUCAAUAUGCUUCUCAAUUUUAAGGAUGAUAAAAGUGAAUGUCCAUGUCCUGAAGAAAUCCGAGACCAGCUCUUAGAUUUUCAUGAAGAUUUGAUGACACAUUGUGGAAUUGAGCUGGAUGAAGAUGGGUCUCUUGAUGGAAACAGUGACUUAACAAUUAGAGGACGCCUGCUGUCCUUGGUAGAAAAGGUGACAUACCUGAAGAAGAAACAGGCCGAAAAACCAGUUGAGAGUGGCUCCAAGAAGUCCUCCACUCUUCAGCAGUUGAUUUCUGAAACCAUGGUCCGAUGGGCGCAAGAGUCUGUCAUUGAAGACCCUGAACUGGUGAGGGCCAUGUUUGUGUUGCUCCAUCGACAGUACGAUGGCAUUGGGGGUCUGGUCCGGGCUCUGCCAAAGACCUACACUAUAAAUGGUGUCUCCGUGGAGGAUACCAUCAACCUGCUGGCAUCUCUCGGUCAGAUUCGUUCUCUGCUGAGUGUAAGAAUGGGCAAAGAAGAAGAGAAGCUUAUGAUUCGUGGAUUAGGGGAUAUCAUGAAUAAUAAAGUAUUUUACCAGCACCCUAAUCUCAUGAGGGCACUUGGGAUGCACGAGACGGUGAUGGAGGUCAUGGUGAAUGUCCUUGGAGGUGGAGAGUCCAAGGAAAUCACUUUUCCCAAGAUGGUGGCCAACUGUUGCCGUUUUCUUUGUUACUUCUGUCGUAUAAGUCGGCAGAAUCAAAAAGCUAUGUUUGACCAUCUCAGCUAUUUAUUGGAGAACAGCAGUGUUGGUCUUGCCUCACCAGCAAUGAGAGGUUCAACACCACUGGAUGUGGCAGCCGCAUCAGUGAUGGAUAAUAAUGAACUGGCCUUAGCUCUGCGUGAGCCAGAUUUGGAAAAGGUAGUUCGAUAUUUGGCUGGUUGUGGACUGCAGAGUUGCCCAAUGCUGGUAUCUAAGGGUUACCCAGAUAUUGGGUGGAAUCCAGUUGAAGGAGAGAGAUACCUUGACUUUCUCCGAUUUGCUGUCUUCUGUAAUGGGGAGAGUGUGGAAGAGAAUGCUAAUGUUGUGGUGAGGUUGCUCAUCCGGAGGCCCGAGUGUUUCGGUCCUGCUUUGAGAGGGGAAGGUGGGAACGGUCUUCUUGCAGCAAUGGAAGAAGCCAUAAAAAUAGCCGAGGAUCCCUCUCGAGAUGGUCCCUCACCAACUAGCGGAUCCAGUAAAACACUUGAGACAGAAGAGGAGGAGGAUGACACUAUCCACAUGGGGAAUGCCAUCAUGACGUUUUAUGCAGCUUUGAUUGACCUCUUAGGACGGUGUGCUCCUGAAAUGCAUUUGAUUCAUGCUGGUAAGGGGGAAGCCAUCAGAAUCCGGUCAAUUCUGAGAUCCCUAAUUCCACUGGGAGAUUUGGUGGGAGUAAUCAGCAUUGCUUUUCAGAUGCCAACAAUAGCCAAAGAUGGGAAUGUGGUGGAGCCUGACAUGUCUGCGGGGUUUUGCCCAGAUCACAAGGCAGCCAUGGUUUUGUUCCUUGACAGGGUCUAUGGCAUUGAGGUUCAAGAUUUCCUCCUCCAUCUUCUCGAGGUUGGCUUUCUGCCUGAUCUCCGGGCUGCUGCUUCUUUAGAUACGGCUGCUUUGAGUGCCACAGACAUGGCCCUGGCCCUCAAUCGGUACCUUUGCACAGCCGUGUUGCCUUUAUUAACAAGAUGUGCCCCUCUUUUCGCGGGCACAGAACACCACGCUUCUCUCAUUGACUCGUUACUGCACACUGUGUACAGACUUUCGAAGGGCUGCUCACUUACCAAAGCUCAGCGGGAUUCCAUAGAAGUUUGUUUGCUCUCUAUUUGUGGCCAAUUGAGACCUUCUAUGAUGCAGCACUUGCUCCGAAGAUUAGUGUUUGAUGUCCCAUUAUUAAAUGAACAUGCGAAGAUGCCUCUUAAGUUGCUGACAAAUCAUUAUGAAAGAUGCUGGAAAUAUUACUGCCUGCCUGGAGGGUGGGGGAACUUCGGAGCUGCCUCAGAAGAAGAACUUCAUUUAUCAAGAAAGUUGUUUUGGGGCAUUUUUGACGCCCUGUCUCAAAAGAAAUACGAACAAGAACUUUUCAAACUGGCACUGCCUUGCCUGAGUGCCGUUGCGGGAGCUUUGCCUCCAGACUACAUGGAGUCAAAUUAUGUCAGUAUGAUGGAAAAACAGUCAUCAAUGGAUUCUGAAGGGAACUUUAACCCACAACCUGUUGAUACCUCAAACAUUACAAUUCCUGAGAAGUUGGAAUACUUCAUUAACAAAUAUGCUGAACAUUCUCAUGACAAAUGGUCAAUGGACAAGUUGGCAAAUGGAUGGAUUUAUGGAGAGAUAUAUUCAGACUCGUCUAAAGUUCAGCCGUUAAUGAAGCCAUAUAAACUAUUAUCUGAAAAGGAAAAAGAAAUUUAUCGCUGGCCAAUCAAAGAAUCUUUAAAAACCAUGCUGGCGUGGGGUUGGAGGGUUGAGAGAACACGGGAGGGAGACAGCAUGGCCCUCUACAACCGUUCUCGUCGUAUUUCUCAGACAAGCCAGGUUUCUGUUGAUGCUGCGCAUGGUUAUAGCCCCCGAGCCAUUGAUAUGAGCAAUGUCACACUGUCCAGAGACCUGCACGCUAUGGCAGAAAUGAUGGCUGAAAACUACCAUAAUAUAUGGGCAAAGAAAAAGAAGAUGGAGCUGGAGUCCAAAGGAGGUGGAAACCAUCCCCUGCUGGUACCCUAUGAUACACUGACAGCCAAAGAGAAAGCCAAGGAUAGGGAAAAAGCACAGGACAUCCUCAAGUUCUUACAGAUCAAUGGAUAUGCUGUAUCCAGGGGAUUCAAGGACCUGGAAUUGGACACACCUUCCAUUGAGAAACGAUUUGCCUAUAGUUUCCUUCAGCAACUCAUUCGCUAUGUGGAUGAAGCCCAUCAGUAUAUCCUGGAGUUUGAUGGUGGCAGCAGAAGCAAGGCGGAACAUUUUCCUUACGAGCAAGAAAUCAAGUUCUUUGCUAAAGUUGUGCUUCCUUUAAUUGAUCAGUAUUUCAAAAACCAUCGUUUAUACUUCUUAUCUGCAGCAAGCAGACCCCUCUGUUCUGGAGGACAUGCGUCAAACAAGGAGAAAGAAAUGGUGACGAGCCUAUUCUGCAAACUUGGAGUUCUUGUCAGGCAUAGGAUUUCACUAUUUGGAAAUGAUGCCACAUCAAUUGUCAACUGUCUUCAUAUUUUGGGUCAGACUUUGGAUGCAAGGACUGUCAUGAAGACUGGCCUGGAGAGUGUUAAAAGUGCGCUCAGAACGUUUCUGGACAAUGCGGCGGAGGAUCUGGAGAAGACAAUGGAGAAUCUCAAGCAGGGCCAGUUCACCCACACCCGAAACCAACCCAAAGGUGUUACUCAGAUUAUCAAUUAUACCACGGUGGCUCUGUUGCCAAUGCUGUCAUCAUUAUUUGAGCAUAUUGGCCAGCAUCAGUUCGGAGAAGAUCUAAUAUUGGAAGAUGUACAGGUGUCAUGUUAUAGAAUUCUGACUAGCUUAUAUGCUUUGGGAACCAGCAAAAGUAUUUAUGUGGAAAGGCAACGCUCUGCAUUAGGAGAAUGUCUUGCUGCUUUUGCUGGUGCCUUUCCUGUCGCAUUUUUGGAAACUCAUCUCGACAAACAUAACAUCUACUCUAUCUACAAUACCAAGUCAUCGCGAGAAAGAGCAGCUCUGAAUUUGCCAACUAACGUGGAGGAUGUGUGCCCAAAUAUACCGUCUUUGGAGAAACUCAUGGAAGAAAUUGUGGAAUUAGCUGAGUCCGGCAUUCGCUACACACAGAUGCCACACGUCAUGGAAGUCAUACUGCCCAUGCUUUGCAGCUACAUGUCUCGUUGGUGGGAGCACGGACCUGAAAAUAAUCCAGAAAGGGCUGAAAUGUGCUGUACCGCCCUGAACUCCGAGCACAUGAACACGCUCUUGGGGAAUAUAUUGAAAAUCAUAUAUAAUAACCUGGGAAUUGAUGAGGGAGCCUGGAUGAAGAGGUUAGCAGUAUUUUCACAGCCCAUUAUAAAUAAAGUGAAACCUCAGCUCCUGAAAACUCAUUUCUUGCCAUUAAUGGAGAAACUCAAGAAAAAAGCAGCGAUGGUGGUGUCAGAGGAGGACCAUCUGAAAGCUGAGGCCAGGGGGGAUAUGUCUGAGGCAGAGCUUCUCAUUCUCGAUGAGUUCACCACUCUGGCCAGAGAUCUCUAUGCCUUCUACCCGCUCUUGAUUAGAUUUGUGGACUAUAACAGGGCAAAGUGGCUAAAAGAACCUAACCCAGAAGCAGAGGACCUUUUCCGCAUGGUGGCCGAAGUGUUUAUCUACUGGUCAAAAUCCCACAAUUUCAAAAGAGAAGAGCAGAACUUUGUGGUACAGAAUGAAAUCAACAAUAUGUCUUUCCUUAUUACGGACACCAAGUCAAAGAUGUCAAAGGCCGCUGUCUCUGAUCAGGAAAGGAAGAAGAUGAAGCGCAAAGGAGAUCGGUACUCCACGCAGACCUCUCUCAUUGUGGCAGCUCUGAAGCGGUUACUGCCCAUUGGGUUGAACAUCUGUGCCCCUGGGGACCAGGAGCUCAUCGCUCUGGCCAAAAACCGAUUUAGUAUGAAAGACACUGAGGAUGAAGUACGAGAUAUAAUCCGCAGUAAUAUUCAUUUACAAGGCAAGUUGGAGGAUCCUGCUAUCAGAUGGCAAAUGGCUCUUUACAAAGAUUUACCGAACAGGACUGAAGAUACAUCAGAUCCAGAGAAGACCGUAGAGAGAGUAUUAGAUAUAGCAAAUGUGCUUUUUCAUCUUGAGCAGAAAUCUACAUCUAUGCACCGGAGAUAUUACAGUCUGGGAAGUACAGUGGAGCACCCACAGAGAUCGAAGAAAGCUGUAUGGCACAAACUUCUGUCCAAGCAGAGGAAGAGGGCAGUGGUGGCCUGCUUCCGAAUGGCUCCUUUAUAUAACCUGCCAAGGCACCGGGCCGUUAACCUCUUUCUUCAGGGAUAUGAAAAGUCUUGGAUUGAAACAGAAGAACACUACUUUGAAGAUAAGCUGAUAGAAGAUUUAGCAAAACCUGGAGCAGACCCUCCAGAGGAAGAGGAAGGCACGAAGAGAGUCGAUCCCCUCCAUCAGCUCAUCCUUCUGUUUAGUCGAACAGCUUUAACGGAGAAAUGCAAACUGGAGGAAGAUUUUUUAUAUAUGGCUUAUGCAGAUAUUAUGGCAAAGAGUUGUCAUGAUGAGGAAGAUGAUGAUGGUGAAGAAGAAGUGAAGAGUUUUGAAGUCACAGGAUCCCAACGCAGCAAGGAAAAAGAAAUGGAGAAGCAGAAGCUUCUGUACCAGCAAGCCAGGCUCCAUGACCGCGGGGCUGCUGAGAUGGUGCUACAGACCAUCAGUGCCAGCAAAGGUCAGAAAAUGCUCGACUAUCUCAAGGAGAAGAAGGACGUGGGUUUCUUUCAGAGCCUUGCCGGCCUGAUGCAGUCGUGCAGCGUCCUCGACCUAAAUGCAUUUGAGCGGCAGAACAAAGCUGAAGGACUUGGAAUGGUCACCGAAGAAGGAUCAGCCUCUCACUUUGAAAGUCACAGACUGCAGACUGGAGAAAAGGUUCUCCAAGAUGACGAGUUCACGUGUGACCUCUUCCGUUUCCUCCAGCUGCUUUGUGAGGGACACAACUCAGAUUUUCAAAAUUAUCUGAGAACUCAGACUGGCAAUAACACAACUGUCAACAUCAUCAUCUCUACCGUAGACUACCUACUCAGAGUCCAGGAAUCCAUUAGUGAUUUCUAUUGGUAUUACUCUGGGAAAGAUGUUAUUGAUGAACAAGGACAACGGAAUUUCUCCAAAGCAAUUCAAGUAGCAAAACAAGUCUUUAACACGCUCACAGAGUAUAUUCAGGGUCCUUGCACUGGGAAUCAGCAGAGCUUGGCCCACAGCAGGCUAUGGGACGCAGUUGUGGGCUUCCUUCACGUAUUCGCCCACAUGCAGAUGAAGCUGUCUCAGGAUUCCAGUCAAAUCGAGCUAUUAAAAGAAUUAAUGGAUCUUCAGAAGGAUAUGGUGGUCAUGUUGCUGUCCAUGCUAGAAGGUAAUGUUGUCAAUGGAACCAUUGGCAAACAGAUGGUCGAUAUGCUUGUGGAGUCUUCCAACAACGUGGAGAUGAUUCUCAAGUUUUUUGACAUGUUCUUAAAACUAAAGGAUUUGACCUCUUCUGACACAUUUAAAGAAUACGACCCUGACGGCAAGGGAGUCAUUUCCAAGAGGGACUUCCAUAAAGCGAUGGAGAGCCAUAAACACUACACGCAAUCAGAAACCGAGUUUCUUCUGUCCUGUGCAGAGACAGAUGAAAACGAAACCCUGGACUAUGAAGAGUUUGUCAAAAGGUUUCACGAGCCCGCAAAGGACAUCGGCUUCAAUGUGGCCGUUCUUCUGACCAACCUUUCGGAGCACAUGCCCAAUGAUACGCGACUGCAGACUUUCCUGGAGUUGGCAGAGAGCGUGCUGAAUUACUUCCAGCCUUUUCUGGGCCGCAUCGAGAUCAUGGGAAGUGCCAAGCGCAUCGAGAGGGUGUAUUUUGAAAUCAGUGAGUCCAGCCGAACCCAGUGGGAGAAGCCCCAGGUCAAGGAGUCCAAAAGGCAGUUCAUAUUUGAUGUGGUCAACGAAGGGGGAGAAAAGGAGAAAAUGGAACUUUUUGUCAACUUCUGUGAGGACACCAUAUUCGAAAUGCAGCUGGCAGCGCAGAUCUCAGAGUCGGAUUUGAAUGAGAGGUCAGCGAAUAAAGAAGAGAGUGAGAAGGAGAAGCCGGAAGAGCAGGGGCCCAGAAUGGGUUUCUUUUCCAUCGUGACGGUCAAGUCAGCCCUGUUUGCUCUCAGGUAUAAUAUCUUGACCCUCAUGAGAAUGCUCAGCCUGAAGAGCCUGAAGAAACAGAUGAAAAAAGUGAAGAAGAUGACGAUGAAGGAUAUGGUCACGGCCGCCUUUUCGUCCUACUGGAGUAUUUUCAUGAGCCUCCUGCACUUUGUGGCCAGCGUUUCCAGAGGCUUCUUCCGCAUCAUUUGCAGCCUGCUGCUUGGCGGGAGCCUAGUAGAAGGAGCAAAAAAGAUCCGAGUGGCAGAGCUCUUAGCCAACAUGCCAGACCCCACUCAGGAUGAGGUGAGAGGGGAUGGAGAAGAGGGGGACAGGAGGCCCAUGGAGGCCGCCCUGCCCUCGGAAGAUCUGACAGACCUGAAGGAACUGACGGAGGAAAGCGACCUUCUUUCGGACAUAUUUGGCUUGGAUCUGAAGAGAGAAGGAGGACAGUACAAACUUAUUCCUCAUAAUCCAAACGCUGGCCUCAGCGAUCUAAUGAGCAACCCGGUCCCUAUCCCUGACGUGCAAGAAAAAUUUCAGGAACAGAAGGUGAAAGAGGAAGAAAAGGAGGAGAAAGAAGAAAGCAAAUCUGAACCUGAAAAGGCCGAGGGAGAAGAUGGAGAAAAAGAAGAAAAAGCCAAAGAAGAUAAGGGUAAACAGAAGUUGAGGCAGCUCCAUACACACAGAUACGGAGAGCCAGAAGUUCCCGAGUCGGCAUUCUGGAAGAAAAUCAUCGCAUAUCAACAGAAACUUCUAAACUAUUUUGCUCGCAACUUUUACAACAUGAGAAUGUUAGCCUUAUUCGUCGCGUUUGCAAUCAAUUUCAUCUUGCUCUUUUAUAAGGUCUCCACUUCUUCUGUGGUUGAAGGAAAGGAGCCCCCCACUCGCAGUUCAAGUGGAAAUGCCAAAGUUAGCAGCCUGGACAGUGGCUCACCUAGAAUCAUCGCGGUUCACUACGUCCUGGAGGAGAGCAGCGGCUACAUGGAGCCCACGCUGCGGAUCUUAGCCAUUCUUCACACGGUCAUUUCUUUCUUCUGCAUCAUCGGCUACUACUGCUUGAAAGUCCCAUUGGUUAUUUUUAAGCGAGAAAAGGAAGUAGCUCGAAAAUUGGAAUUUGAUGGGCUUUAUAUUACAGAACAGCCUUCAGAAGAUGAUAUUAAAGGCCAGUGGGAUCGACUCGUAAUCAACACACAGUCAUUUCCCAACAACUACUGGGACAAAUUUGUUAAAAGAAAGGUUAUGGAUAAAUAUGGGGAGUUCUAUGGCCGGGACAGAAUCAGUGAGCUCCUUGGUAUGGACAAAGCCGCCCUAGAUUUCAGCGAUGCCCGGGAAAAGAAGAAGCCAAAGAAAGACAGCUCCCUGUCAGCCGUACUGAACUCUAUUGAUGUGAAGUAUCAGAUGUGGAAACUAGGAGUCGUCUUCACGGACAACUCUUUCCUCUACCUGGCCUGGUAUAUGACUAUGUCCGUUCUGGGACACUAUAACAACUUUUUUUUUGCUGCUCAUCUUCUUGACAUUGCUAUGGGAUUCAAGACACUGAGAACCAUCUUGUCAUCGGUAACUCACAAUGGCAAGCAGCUUGUAUUAACUGUUGGCUUGUUAGCUGUUGUUGUAUACCUAUAUACUGUUGUGGCAUUCAACUUUUUCCGAAAAUUCUACAAUAAAAGUGAAGAUGGUGACACACCGGAUAUGAAAUGUGAUGAUAUGCUAACGUGCUACAUGUUCCACAUGUACGUCGGGGUACGUGCCGGAGGGGGUAUCGGCGAUGAAAUCGAAGACCCAGCAGGCGACGAAUAUGAGAUCUAUCGAAUCAUCUUUGACAUCACCUUCUUCUUCUUCGUGAUUGUCAUUCUCUUGGCCAUAAUUCAAGGUUUAAUUAUUGAUGCUUUUGGAGAGCUAAGAGACCAACAGGAGCAAGUCAAAGAAGACAUGGAGACCAAAUGUUUCAUCUGUGGGAUAGGCAACGAUUACUUCGACACAGUGCCACAUGGCUUUGAAACCCACACUUUACAGGAACACAACCUGGCCAAUUACCUGUUUUUUCUGAUGUAUCUCAUCAACAAAGAUGAAACAGAGCACACAGGACAGGAAUCUUAUGUCUGGAAGAUGUAUCAAGAAAGGUGCUGGGAAUUCUUCCCAGCAGGGGAUUGUUUCCGGAAACAGUAUGAAGACCAGCUAAAUUAA